AUGAAGGUGAUUGAUGUUGGAUGUGGAGCCGGAAAGGACCUCUCACGUCUGGAAUCAAUGGUCGAGAGCAUAGGCGAGGUGGUCGGAUUGGACAUCUCCAAGGAGAUGGUCGAGUGUGCCAACGCAAGAAUGAGUAGCCUACCCAAUGUGUCGGUCCUGUGUGCCAACGCCACUGCCAUACCAUUCGCCGAAGACUACUUUGAUGCCUGUCGAUGUGAGAGACUGCUACAACAUGUGCCACAGCCAUCCGAAGUCAUCGAGGAGAUGGUACGAGUGACAAAGACUGGUGGAAGGAUAUCGAUCACAGACAUUGACUGGUGGUCAUCAACAAUCUCCAUGGAGACCGAGUCGGGUGAGCGCAUCAACAAUGCAAUCACCAGGGGUGUCGUCUUCAAUCCAAACCCUUCGGUCGGACGCCACAUCAGAGCGCACAUGUCCAGGACCAAGAAGAUAGUGGAGCUCGACAUGUUUGCGCAGUGUCUGUUUACCGACACACUGGCACAAGCUGAUGAGCUGCUGUGGCUUGGUGAGCGAGGCAAGAUGGCCGUCCAACAAAACGUGAUUAGUGAGGACGACUACAUUCUGUGGCGUCAAGAGCUCGAGAAGAUGGAGGAGGAAGGUAGCUUUGUCUUCACCAUCAAUCUGUACACUGUUAGUGGUACGAUCAGCAAGUGA